AUGGGUCAACGUCCUAGUUGGCUUACAGAUUCACCGAUAGUCAACAAAGAAUGGGUUAUUGUCGAUACUGCAGUAACGAUUCGAGCACGAAACUAUCGACGUAGUCUGCGACGUACGUGGGAAUGCAAUAGCUUUUCUGGCAUUGUUGAUGAUAUUAGAACUUUAUAUUUGGAAGGUGAUUUAAAAGCUCCUUUGGGUCUGAAAGCAUAUCAAGAUAUUGACAAGUUACUCAAAGAAGCUUGCAGCCAAAAUGAUGUCGAAAAAGUAGUCAAAGCAUAUACACUGGCAAAUAGUUUUCAUGCUCUUGUGAAUUCGCAUUUAGCUAAUUUGGUAAGUACCAAUAAUUUGAAGGACAUUGGCAUGGAUCCAGAUGCUCCUUUUAUGACAUAUUGGUAUGGUCCACUAGACUUUGCCUGUAUUCUCGUUUAUGAUCAGCAACUAGAGAAGUAUCGACCCAAUCAAAAUCAAAAAGUUUAUCGUGGUAUGACUGUACCACAGGAGGUCGUAGUGUCGUAUCGCGUUGGCACACGUCUUAUGAACAAAACAUUUGUGUCGACCUCAAAAUGCAAGCAGGUUGCUCUUUAUUUUACCGGCAAAUGUCCAGAUUUGGUAACAUGCAUAUGUAUAUAUACUUUGAAACCAGGUGUCCGACGAACUGCACUUGAUAUUACAAACCUAUCGGCUGUGGAAGGUGAAGAAGAGAUCAUUAUUCUACCAUAUUCAACUUUCGAAGUAACAAAUGUUAGACUUACUGCCAAUGAACCAGACUCUAUCGAUUAUACAAUUGAACUUCAAGAAUGUCACAAUGAAAUAGAUGAUUAA